AUGAGGAUCCACAGCCUCACCCUGCUGUCCUUUCUCCUUCUGGCAACUCAGGUGCUCUUGAUGCAUGUCCAAAAGGAAUUAAAGAUAAAACAGGGCAGUGCACCAGACGUGGAUCGCUGGGUCACUCUAGGACCCCCCAGGCCUGGGGCAAAUGUCCAGCAAUCUGAAUUCCUGGACAUAGGCAGCUUUACCACCAGUGAUCAAGCCAAGUGCAGGGGGAGCCUGGCUGAGAAGGGGGAAGGCGUUGCCGUAGUAAAGAUCGACUGCACUCAGAACAGCAGCCAGUUCUCCUGUGUCUUUGAAGGCAAUCCAACAUCAUGCCUGGCAUCUUUGGAGCACAUCUUUGACUACUGGAGACAAAUUAUUGAGAGCUUGAGACUCCAGAAAAACAUCUGUGGGGACUCCUCAGCCAAGCUGACGACCAGUGUGUGUGGUAGCAAUUUUGAGGAAUCCAAUCUCAAGCUGGUGAGCUCCACUCUACUCAACCACUAG